UUUGACACUCAAAGAGCACCUCUCUUUCACUCACUCACUCUCUCUCUCUCACACACACACACUGAGGAGGAGGAGAGAGAAAAGUGAGCUCACAUUCACACAUUGGUAAAGAGGCUGGUCUUGCAAUGCCUUUGAAUAUUUUACUUUUUGUCAAUUUCCCUUCAGAGUCAUACACACAAACACACACGCUGAGCUGAAGUGAACCACAGCAAUGGACUGCACUGGAAGAUCUGAAAUCUGAUCACACACAAUCUCUCCCCCCCCAUUAUCUCUUAUUACAUACCUCUCUGUCUAUACAGACAGACACUCAUACACAGAGAGGAAGCCAGGAACAGUAUCAGCUUCACCACCCCCAAAGAGAACACCUUAUCUCUCUUCUUGCUGGAUACAUACACACAAACAAACACAGAGAGAUUGAGACAGAGAGAGAGACUGACAAAUCUCUCUCUUUCCUCCUGGCUUCUCUGGAAGAUUUUUCUGGCUGUUUUUCAUGGAGAAAGUCCAAGGAGAAAUGGAGAUUGAGAGAUGGGAAAGAAACGAAGAGAUGUCAGACGCAGAGAAAAAGGUGAUUCAGGAGACAUGGAGCAGAGUGUAUGCGAACUGCGAGGACGUUGGGGUCUCCAUAUUGAUCAGGUUUUUUGUCAACUUCCCAUCUGCCAAGCAGUACUUCAGCCAAUUCAAGCACAUGGAGGAUCCGCUAGAGAUGGAAAGGAGCCUGCAACUGCGUAAACACGCCAGGCGGGUCAUGGGGGCUAUUAACAGUGUGGUGGAGAACAUCUACGAUUCAGAAAAGGUCUCCUCCGUUCUAGCCUUGGUGGGCAAGGCACAUGCUGUCAAGCACAAAGUUGAACCAGUCUACUUUAAGAUUCUCACUGGUGUUAUGCUGGAAGUGCUUGCUGAAGAAUAUGCCAAUGAGUUCACCUCUCCAGAGGUUCAGAGAGCCUGGGCCAAGAUGAAGAGCCUCAUCUACACUCAUGUGACUGCUGCGUACAAGGAGGUGGGCUGGGUGCAGUAUCCAAACUCCACCAUGAACCCCCAGGUGACGGCGGUGGCAGCAGCAGCAGGAGCAGCAGCAAAGUGACAGAGUCGCUACCGCAGACCUGAAAUGCUAUGUCUCAAUGAGGAAUAAACUGGCACCGGAACAUGACAGCACCCAAGAGAACUACAUCUGUCUCCUUUAAUUAUCCUGUGUACAUAAUAGUGAGUGGAAGUGCUUUAUGAUAAGGCCAGCAAGCUAUAGAACUCCAGAUGUGCAUAAGCACUCUCCCCAGGCAAAUUUAAAUCAUGUACACUGUGACAGGGGGAGGGAAUAUCUUUAAUUUCCCCAGGGGGAAAAUAAAUAUUAAAUAGAUCAAGACUGUUAUAGCUCAUACACGUUUAUAGCUCUGGAGAUUUACAAUUUUUGUCUGCCUUGCAGAGGACAUUCCAUCAAAUGACAUUGAAUUUGUUUGUUUCCAUCUUUUGUACUAAGGUGAGAAUUUAAAACUCUAGCAUUUGCAAGGACUUCUGUGCUCACAUGCCACUUAUGAGUUGCUAUGCCCUUGUUUUAUUCAAAACACUAGAUGAUGUGUGCAUAAGUGCUUGCAGGACCUAGGUCAAGAAUUGUAUCCGCAUGAUCCAUUCAGAGCCACAUCCUUAUGAGAUACAUUUGAUCACUGUACACCUAGCCUAGAUUCUGAAAUCUUAAUUAUGGGUCAAAUUCUAGUCUUGUCCGUCAUUUCUGCUUAUCUCUGCUGUUAACUCCUCUAGACUGGAGUUUCUCUGGAACUAUAUCAACAGUGUUUCCAACUCUCACUGUUUUGUCGUGAGUCUUGUAUUAACUAGUGUUUGCUCCCCCUAAACAGAUCCAACUCCAAGGAGUCAUGAGAUUACAGGAGAGUCUUUCAAGGAGUUUUAGCCAAAGCCUGAAUACGUAAAGCGAGUGUAACCAAAAACCAAAUGAGAUAUAUUAAAAGAAUAUAUCAAUACAUGCAUUUCUAGACAUCUCAUGAAGCCUAAGACAUUCUCAUGGAAGGGUGAGGGGGGAGAGGGAGAGAGAGAAUAAUUAUUUUGACUGAUCCUAUACAUAUUGGCCCACUGAAUUCCAUUGGGUUUAAUCACAGGUAAGUAUCAAAUAUGCACAGAAUUACAGUUAUACUUACACAUUUAUGCCAUGACCCUGUGGGCAGUUAUAACUGAAUAAUUCCCACUGAAGUGAAUGAGAUUUAUUCAUGAAUUCUGUGCACAGAAUAACUGCUUCACAGUUUGCACCACAAUUGGCUCAGUGCUCCAACCAACAUUUCAUUCUUUUCCUUUUAAUUCAUGAUGAUCAGAUUUUGAACAAUAUGAUGUUUAUGCUUGAUGAAUUCCAUCAAAGUUGUCAUCUUACCAGAAAAAAAAACACCUGGUUUGGCUGUUCCUAUGCCUUUAAUAGGAGGUUGCUCUGCAAAAAUUAGCAAGUGAAGUGUUUCUUCAUGGCAUGGAGACAAGCAGUAUCAUCUGCUAAUGUCUGCCAAUCAAUCUGUUCUUUAAAGACACAAGAGCAGGGGGUGUUAAAAAAGUUGGCAAUCCUACCACCAAGCCACUUUAAUAUUUACAUAUUGAACAAAACAUGUUCAGAUAAGGGAAAAGGUGCAUUAGUAGGACACUUUCUUAAAAAUAGCCUUAUUCAAAAGCUAUGACCUUUGCAGUUGAGAUUUGAAACUGAUUCAGAAUUAAACUAUGAUCAUAUGCCAUAAUCUAAAUGUACUUUAAAGUUCAUUCUCAAAGCAGAAGAAAACAGUAUUUUUGGAAGGGGGAUACACAGUAAUUAGCCUUUUAAGCAAUACUUCAGAAUGUAAUUUUCCAACCCCAUGAAUUUCAAUCCAUAACAAUUCCUCUCUUGGCUUCUCUCUUUUUUAAUAGCAAUGAGAAAAGCCUGACUGUUAUAUUUUCCAUAAAGAGAAAGCAAUUGUCUCUCUAUAUAAUAUAUCUAUAUCUAUCUAUAUACUUUUGACUAAAGUGAUUUUAUUACAAGUAAGAAACAGCCAAGCAACAAUGAAAAACAAAAGCAAAAACACUCUAUGUAUGUGCAUCAUCUUGCCUGUUGUAAACCGGAGAUGGAAAAUUAAAAGCAGUGGAAGGCAGCAUAGACAUUAACUUGUGCAAGCAGAAUGCAAGGAAACAAUAGGAUGUAGCUCUUUUUACUGACUCUCUUAGCCCAUCCAGCUCCAUUCCUUCCAAGCCUGUUCUAAACUGUAGCGUCCCUUGGGGGCAGGAAGCUGUUCAUUAUUUGGAUUGUCUGUUAAAACAGCCAUUCACAAAAUGGCACUGUAUAAAAUAAUAAAUAUUAAUACCUAUCAUUUAACUGUGUAUUUUAUAAAAUAGGCUUUUGGUGCUAUGAAAAGUGAUUUGUGAAUGUUUUCCUCCUUAUCGUACUAGAUCCUCUUGUUUACUAUCCAACAUACCAUUCGGUCCCUAUUGUAAUUUUCCUCUGUAUUAUUCGUAUGACAAUGUAUGCUGCCAAUAUGCUGUCUUGUGGUUUUGUUUAAUCUUUAUACAUCUGUUCCUUGUUAUAA